UGUGCCACUCUGAUUCAACGUCUAUCUGCUGUCAGAUUCCCACAACCCCCAUGCUGUCUACUCUUCAAAGAGAACCCGUCCUCUUCCUGGGCAGUUCAGUGUUCUUCGCCAUCAAAGAUGCCGUGGCUGCAGCUCGCUCAGAGUCCGGUCUAGUUGGCCCGUUUACUCUGAGCAGCCCUGCAACACCAGAGAGGGCCUGUUUGGCCUGUGCCACCCCGUUCACUCAGAAGACUGAGGAUGAUCACACAUGGAUGCACCACGGGGUCGCAGUACCAUCCGUCGGAGAUGAAGCCUGCAAGAGCGACAGGAAAGGCUGCUGAUCAGAUGUUUGCCAGGCAGAGGAUAGGAGAAAGAAAGCCAAAUUCAGGAUUUCAGUAAUCAAGUAAUCACUUAAUAUGUCUUUUAAUGUUUUUUUAUGAUGUGUUAUUUUAUGUCUGACAUUGAUUUAUACAGAAAUGAAAUGUCAUUAGUAGUUGACGAAGUAGUUAAGAAAUUACAUUUAACUCAAAAGCUCCUGAAACUGUUAGACCAAAAAUGUGAGUUGAUGGUGGUGUUGUACAUGUACCUGUCCAAUGUCCAAAGCAGACAUCCAUCACGGUGUCGGUGCUAAUGUUCUGCAAAACAAAACAGAAUUCGCUUUGCUAUCAGAGGGAUGGUGAGCAGCAGAGGAGGUAAGGCAGAAGCAGAUGGCCAGUAGGUUUGUAGAUUCAACAAGUAAUCACUUAAUAUGUCUUUAUAUGUUUUUUAUGAUGUGUUAUUUUAUGUCUGACAUCCAAUGUCCAAAGCACAACUCAUACUUCUCCUGACAUCCAUCACGAUGUCCGUCCCGAUGUUCUGCAAAACAAAACACAAUUCUCUUUGCUAUUCAAAUACAAGAUGUAUCUGUAUUAUAUCUCAUUUUAUAUAUUUAAUAAUAUGCAUGUAAAACAUGUCUUAUCCUAUUCUAAUGGCUGUUUGAAGGCAACUGGACUUCUUGCUUGAAGCUUGAAGAUGUUUCACCUCUCAUCUGAGAAACAUCUUCAGUUCUGGAGACUGGUUAGACAGUCCAGGCUUUUAAACUCCUCCCUAUCUCACCUAGUGGGUGCUACCUCUGGGAGCAAUAGAUACCACUGAGUGGAACGUUCACGGCUUGAGUGGCUCCCGCUGGGCUGCCUCAAGUGGAGUCGUUAGCACCUGAGGAUACUUAGGUGAGCGUAGAAACUAAGCAUCAUGUGAGUCGCUAGAGUCACGUGAGCCCAGAUGUGAAUGUGUUAGUCGUUUGGGGAGGGAUCUCAAAAACUGCGUCAUAGAUAGGUGGCAGCUGGUGUCUUAGACCGCCCCCUGUAUUCAGUGAUGGAUGUUCUAGUUUGACAUGGAUGGCCUCCUUAACUCUUCUCUCAAACCAUCUAUGUUCCCGGUCCAGAAUGGGGACAUCGCUCUCUUCAGAGGAGUGUCCUCUCUCCUUGAAAUGCAGGUGAACGGCUGAGUUUUGACCGGAGGAGUGAGCUCGUCUGUGCUGGGUCAUGCGUUUGUGGAGCGGCUGUUUAGUCUCCCCUGUGUACAGGUGGGAGCGCCACUCGCUGACUUAGACCGCACAGACGACAUGGCUUAGUUGGUUUUUGGGAGUUUUGUCUUUGAGGUGUAGCUGUUUCUGUCUCAGAGUGUUACAGGGUCUGAAAUGAACUGGAAUGUUGUGUUUGGAGAAAAUCCUCCUCAGUUUCUCUGACACUCCAACAAGUUGUGGUUUGUGGUGUCCUCCCUGCUGGUGGUGUAGGGUUCUGGUUUGUGUUUGUGGUUUCUGGUUAGUGUGUGUCGGUUUGUGGUUUCUGUCUGUAAAAGCCGUCGUUGUUGUUGAAGUAGGUCGUGGUGAGGCAGAGGUCUAAAAGAGUGCAGAUCUGGUCCGGUGUGAGACUGGUACGGUCGUUGAGGGAGUGUCAGAGAAAGUCUGUGCGGUCAAAGUCAGCCUGCAGUGCUCCCAUCUAUAUAUAGGGGAGACUAAGCAGCCGCUCCACAAACGCAUGGCUCAGCAUAGACGAGCUCACUCCUCCGGUUAGAACUCAGCCGUUCAUUUGCAUCUCAAGGAGAAAGGACACUCCUUUGAGGACAGUGAUGUCUGCAUUUUGGACCGGGAACAUAGAUGGUUUGAGAGAAGAGUUAAGGAGGCCAUCCGUGUCAAAAUAGAACAUCCGUCACUGAAUACAGGGGGCGGUCUACGGCACCAGCUGUCACCUAUCUAUAACGCAGUUUUGAGAUCCCUCCCCAAGCGACUAACACAUUCACAUCUGGGCUCACGUGACUGUAACGACUCACGUGAUGCUUAGUUUCUGCGCUCACCUGAGUAUCCUCAGGUGCUAACGACUCCACUUGAGGCAGCCCAGCAGGAGCCACUCAAGGUGUGAACGUUCCACUCAGUGCUUUCUAUUGCUCCCAGAGGUAGCACCCACUAGGUGAGAUAGGGAGGAGUUUAAAAGUUUGGACUCUAACCAGUCUCCAGAACUGAAGAAGCUUCUCGGAUGAGAGGUCAAAC